AUGGCAUUGAAGCAGGGUGGUUACACCAACAAGGGUGAAGAAGUGAUGGCAUCCCUCACGCCAUCAACAGAUGUUCCGUCCUCAUCAAUUCCUCACACGGUCGGCAUCACAGAUGACACAAUCGUGAAGGUCUACCAGUUGGAUGAUGACAAGUUUGAUGAAUUCCUAAGCACAACCAGCAUUGAGGACUUGGCGAAGCACUGCCAGUCAUCCAGCAUUGUGCUGAAACAUUUGUUCAACCGCGUGGACCUGAUGAAGAAGAAGGUGAAGCUGUUUGAAAGCAACCAGAAGAAAGAGGAACGCUUGAAGAUGAAGAAGCACUUGGAUGAGGAGAAGAAGAAAGAGAAGAAGAUGGAAAGGGAGACCAGUGUGAACCUACGCAUUGACCACAACAACCAGGUUUUCCGCGUGGCAGUUCAGUUGAAGUCAACUGUGGGAGACCUACGCCGUGAGAUUGUACGUGCCAUGGGGUUGCCUCGCACUCAUGCUACGAAGUGUGUGUUGAACUACAAGGAGGUUGAGAUUUCACAACACCCGAGGCGCUGUUUGUCAACCUACAAGGUGAUGGAUGAUGACUACAUGGUCGCAACCUUCGUCUUUCCGGCAUCCACAUCAAAGCAGGUGCACAUCUUGGGCGAGGACUUCACAGCAACCAUUGCAGGCGACCCUGACGAGAUUGCUUCGAGCAUCCAAGACAUCAUGGAGAACGGCGAGGUCUCUUCUGAUAGUGAGGAGUCAGAUGACUGA